AGUCUUUAAGUCGUAUUGACUGGGCGGUCUCGCGCCUGUCUUCUUGUUUCCAAAUUCAAUAUAUUCUCAUUCCGUAAAACCCUAGUUCUUCACUUUCGCGAUCUAGGGGUUUUUCUCUGUCUGGUUCAAGAAAAUGGCGGACUCUCCUCGCAGAAGGAAUUCACACUCCCCUUCUCCAUGGAGAGAACAAUCUAGGUCUAGGUCCAGAUCAAAGGACAGGGACAGAGACAGGGACAGGUCCAGAUCGAGAUCAUGGUCAAGGCCUAGGCAUAGGUCUCGGUCACGUAGUCGUGGCAGGUCAAGGAGUCGUGACAGGGGUGAUACUGAAAAUCCUGGGAAUAUACUUUAUGUAACUGGUCUGUCUCAAAGGGUCACAGAGAGACACCUUGAAGAGCACUUCUCAAAGGAGGGGAAGGUUGCUUCAUGCUUUCUUGUUGUGGAGCCCCGCACCCGCGUGUCUCGUGGGUUUGCUUUUGUUACAAUGGAAACUGUUGAGGAUGCCAACCGUUGCAUUAAGUAUCUCAACCAGUCAGUUUUGGAGGGCCGAUAUAUAACUGUGGAGAGGGUAAUUCAAUGCCAACCCUGUUGCUUACCCUUUAACGGUUCUGUUUGGUUACCAUUUCUCUUAACUUGAAGGUUUUGUGGUUAUAUUCAGAAGAUAUUGCGUCAGCUAUGUUGGCAGCAAUCAAAGAUGAUGAGUACAUCCAUAUUCAACCUAAGUCAAACAGCUUGCUUGAUCAAUGGCCAGCUAAAACAGCUUUUCAAAUGCAUGUGAUCAACUAAUUUAGCUACUAUUUUGCCCAACAACUAUACAACCUCAGCAUUCACUUUCAACUCUCAACUAAUCAACGGACAAUACAACAUCUUUAUAAUCAAGCUUUUAUGGAAUAUGUCAAGAAGGAAGAGACCCAGAACUCCAACACCAGGGCACUAUCUUGGGCUGAAAAGUACCGGGGAUUAUGGCCGUGGUGACCGUGGCAGGUACCGUGGGGGUCGUGAUGACUAUGGUUAUCGCAGGUCUCCAAGGCGCUCACCUUAUCGAGGACGUGAUUAUUCUCCCAGAUACUCUCCCCAUGCUGGAAGAUCAAGGAGGGAGCGGUCAUAUUCUCCUUACUCCCGUGGCUCUCGGUGAUGAAUGGUGUUAUGCUUUUCCUUGGUCUUGGUAACUCAUCUUAAGUUGAAAGAUUGCAAAACUUGUUAGUUUGUGUUAGUGGUGAUGUUUGAUGUAAUGUAGUGAUGACCUUUGGUUUGGACUAGUUUUAAGCUUCAUGUUUGUGGAUGCUAUUUUCGGUUUCACGGAGAUGACUGAUUCAUCUGCAAGUCAGUUCCAAACUUAUUGACUUUUUUUUUUCUUUUUU